AUGCUCCGUUUGCCUGUGGUCGCGCUCAGCAUCGUGGGUUUGGUGAGAGCUGGCCCGGAUUGGUUAGAGUCGGAGCAGCACAUUCUCCUCCAGCAGAGGCAGAACCACUCAAACCCAAAGGCUGUUUCUGCGCAAGACAUCAUCGACAAGCACUUCGCUGGCAUUCCUAACGGCGGAAGCUACGUGCGCUCCAACCUCAUCGACUUGGAUGGAUUCGGUCUCGGUGACCCAACAGUAAUACGGAACAGGAAGUACAAGACCGCAGCCUGGGCAUGCUCUACCAUUGAUUUCAAAAGCUUCCUUGGCACCGGGGCGGACAAUGAGAUGGUGAAGCAGAUCAUGGACCAUCUGCACCUCACCGAGUAUUGCGGCUUGCAUGAGGGUGGAGGCAGCGCACCUACGGACCCCACAUGCCGAGCCUUCUGGGCAGCGAUGAAAGCUCACCUGAAGCUCCAAAACUUGGGAUUCGAUCCGGUCUUCAAGCGUAUGGCCAUCGUCAACUGGUACGUGAACGAGCCUGGUCAUUUCCCUUCGUGGGGAAGCGGUGACGGCGUCACCGUGAAGUACUCCGGCGGGAAGUUUGCGGGCGUGACCAUCAAUGACCCGAAUGCGGUCUCUGGCUAUGCUUUCUGCGACAUCAUGUACACAAUCCUUCGUCAGAACUUCGACCAAGCGGGCCGCGCACAGUGUGCACCAACGGCAGUGUUGACAGCUAUGGCAAGCACCAACCCGGCUGGUGCGAUGAAGAUGGGUCUUGAGUUGUUCUGGACGGGUACCAUCAAAAGCAUCCCGAAAGAUGAGGGGUGUCCGUUUAUCUAUUCAGACGCUCCGCCUGGUGUGAUUCCCUUUGCAGAGAAUCAACCAGGUACCGAGGGAUCUGAUGGUCAGCCACUAUCAAUCGGCGAGUGCUUAGGGAAUGCGGGUGAUUGCAAGGUUGCCACAGGUAAUCCCUUUACAAAUGCAGGCUUACAGGGCAUGUGGGCCAUCCGCAUGAGUGCUCGCAGGGACUUCCUGCAGUCAGGGCGCAGUUGCGCUGAAGAAAAGCGUCAUGCAUAUGUGAGCUAUCCUGGAAUGGGACCCCACUAUCGGCAGCUUCAUGAUGGCUUCUCCCCGGCACAGACCGCCGGUGCGAUGCAGGCUGUCUUCGGAACCCAGUACAUCCGUAAUGACGUUGUCGAAGCAAACCGGCCUUCAGAGAAGACGGCUUUGGACAAGAUCUGUUCCUCGAAAGGAGGAGCCACUGUCUCACUUGCUAGCAGUCUUUUGUUUGCCGUUCUGAAAGACGAGCGCGGAGGUAGAAUUGGUAUGACCGAAGAGAAUCCAUGGCGCCUAGAUGGUGCCACUCAUCGCUGUGGCGACAAAGGCUACGGGAACGACUCGGACCAUGCCGCGUACAUCGAGAAAUGUACUGGGGACGUGGUGACGAUGUGGACAUGGACGGGGCGGCUCUACUUCACACGGAACGCUGUGCUUCUUUGGGGGAUGAGCUGUCACAAGAGAUAUCUUGCUAUUGAGAGCUUCCGGCUGGUUCCAGAGCCUAGGGGCGUGCUCCGCUAG